AUGCACAACCCACUUAUCAAGCCUCGCGAAAUUGAAGAUUAUAUAAAAGUUGGUGCUGAUGUUAAUAUCAAAUAUCACCAUGCAUAUCAUGGUUUGGAACGGUCACACCAUGAAAUUUUUGGGAAUGAUGUAAAGUCUUACUCUGAUCUGGUUUGGUGGGUGAAUUCAUUGAAAGAAACAAAUCCUGGCUCUUAUGUGGAUUUUCAGUUUAACGAUGCAACUCAGACAUUUGAAAGGUUUUUAUCCGCUAGCCUUUGCAUUGGUCCCAGGAGAGAUGUUGACAAUUGGGAUUGGUUUAUGCGCAAUCUUAGCAACAUUGUCGAUGACCGUCCUAUCACCUUUAUGAAAUCGGACGAGAAGUACAAAGAAGUUAUGGCUUGUUUCAAAAAAGCAACUUAUGCUCUCACACCAGCAAGAUAUGAAGAAGCACUAAUGGAAGUGGAGUUAAUGGGAAGGCCUGGGGUUGCUGAGUAUUGCCGCAAUAUGCCUAGGGAACAUUGGUCCAGCGCGUUCUCCACUGGCUAUAGAUUUGGUCAGACUAUAUCAAGCGUUGCUGAGUCCUUCAAUAAUUGGAUUCGGAAAGACAAGAGGUUACGCGUUAUGGAGUUGAUGAAUGAACAUCGCAAAAUGAGUCUUUUGAUGGACCCAGAGAAGCUCACUCCUACCUACGAGGCGUUACUUAAAGAACAUAUUCAAAUUGGUCGAGUUUGGAAUGUUACUCGGUCAUCUGCGUAUGAGUAUGAGAUUCAUUUGCCUAGGUCUCACACUGUUGAUCUGCUGAACAAGACUUGCACCUGCCAAAGAUGGCGUGUUUAUGGUUUUCCAUGCUCUCAUGCUACAUUAUCUAUUUCUGCCAAGGGUGGUCGAUACGUAGAUUAUAUCGAAGACUACUUCAAAGUUACAAAUUUUCAGAAGCUGUAUUCAAUUGCUAUCAGACCAAUCCCCAACUACAACAGGCCAGAGCAGUAUCUGCCAGAGGAUACUAUUUUUCCACCCCAUCCACGAGUUCCACCAGGUAGGCCAAAGGGAAAUCGUAUCAAGAAUGCAUGGGAGAAAGCUAGGAAGUCCGUCCGUUGUUCCAACUGCAAGAAGAAAACUCACCACAACAAGACAACGUGCACUGUCAUUCCUUCAUACCCAUGA